AGCAUGGAUGCAUCCAGUAAUGUAUAAAUAGAUAUGCUGCUCCAUUUCCAAUUUACAGGAAAUUUUUAAUCAGCCAUAGCCUUCUUCAAUUCCUUGAUAUCAACUGUGAAAAUGUCUGUCUCACUCAAAAUUGAGAAAGAAUACGUUCAAAAUUCAGAAAGAGUAAAAUCUGUGGAUUUUCAUCCAAGUGAGCCAUGGAUUCUACUAAGUUUGUAUUCGGGAUCACUAUGUAUCUGGAACUACCAAUCACAGACUGUGGAGAAAUCUUUCAAGAUCACUGAGUCACCAGUCAGGUCAGCAAAGUUCAUAGCACGGGAGCAGUGGAUUGUUGCUGGAGGAGAUGACAAGUUUAUUCGCGUAUACAAUUAUAAGACACUAGAAAAGAUCAAGGAGUUUGAGGCACAUGAAGAUUACAUUAGGUGUGUGGCCGUCCAUCCUACCCUUCCAUAUGUGCUGUCAGCGUCGGAUGACAAGCUUAUAAAGCUUUGGGAUUGGGAGAAGGGUUGGGAGUGUACUCAGAUCUUUGAGGGGCAUUCACAUUAUGUGAUGCAAGUUGCCUUUAAUCCAAAAGACACCCUUUCUUUUGCAAGUUCAUCACUUGAUGGCACCAUUAAGGCAUGGAAUGUUGGCUCUCCUGCUCCAAAUUUUACAUUAGAUGGCCAUUUGAAAGGUGUCAACUGCGUUGAUUACUUCACAGGCGGUGAUGAACCAAAAUUGGUAACUGGUUCUGAUGAUUUUACUGCUAAGGUGUGGGACUAUCAUGGCAAAACUUGUCUGCAAACGCUAGAAGGCCACAAGCACAAUGUUACAUCGGUGUGUGCUCAUCCAGAGCUUCCCAUAAUUAUUACAGGUUCUGAGGAUGGGACUAUUUGCAUUUGGGACGCAUGCACCUAUAGGCUUGAGAACACAUUGAACUAUGAUCUUGGAAGAGUUUGGGAUGUUGGAUACAAGAAAGGAUCAAACCAGAUUGCAUUUGGUUGUGACAAUGGAACAGUUGUGAUCAAUAUUAGCAGUACUUAAAAGUUGUGAUUUUCUGAAGCUACAAUUAAGUUCAGCACUGAGGAGGAAGAAGAGUUGGAGCAAUAAAGUCAUCUAAUGCUGCUACUAUUGUACUAUAUAUGGUGUGUUUUGUAUGAAUAAUCUUGUCUAUCUUCGAGCUACUUAAAGUUCUAGGAAGACUGGAAGAAUGGAUGUAUGAAAAAUUAUUAUUAUUAUAGCUUCAAUAGAAUUAAUUUGUAAUGGCUACUAGAAAAUUAAAAAUUAAAAAACAAAAAAA